UUCGGUCCUGCUAAUAAGCACGGGUCAGAGAGUCUUGGCACCCGUCGUGUCGACGGAUCCUCGUCAUUCAAGGACUAUCUGAGGCGCAAGCAAUCUCCGCGUCUGCAAGGUUUCCUUUGCAACUUAAUCAUCACAGGGCGGGAUAUCAGCACUCUCCUCUGUUCUUUGCAUGUUGCCCUCCCAAUGCUGCCUGGCUCGUUCUGAAAAGAGUAGAUGACUUAAGAUAGAGACAUGACAAUGGAUGCUAUCCAGGCUGUUGAGCUGCAAAUUGCAAAGGUGAACGAAGAGAUCGAUGCUCUUUCCACAGAGAUUGAGGAAGCAAAAGCAAAGAUCAAUCAUGCGGAAGCGGCUGGCAAUGUGAGUGAGGUGCAGCGAUGGGACAAGGAAAGAGAUCAGCUGCGCAAGGAAAGAGAGCAGCUGCGCAAGAAAGAAGAGCAGCUGCGGGACGAAAAGGCCCGGCUGUGGGCUGCAGUUGUUGCACGGACGGAAGGGGAUGAGGGCGCUGGCCCUUCCGGGGAUACAGAGAUGCCAGAUGCCAACGACGAUCGGAGAAGGAGCGGUGAUGAACCUUGGAGCGCCGGCAUCGAAGAGGAUGUUCGGAUGAUUCUGGAGCGUGCUUUCGCUUCUCAAGAGGCAGAUGGGCAGCCACAGCUGGACCUGAGGCCCGCAUCCAGCCCCCUGGCGCAGAGGAAUCGUAGCAUCACCUACUUCCGGGGCUCCCCAAGCCUGCUCCUGACGGAUCUUCCGGGGCAAGGGGGGAACGGCUCGACCAAGGCGAAGGACCUGCUUGAGGGGAAUCGAGAGCUGCACGCGUCUGGGCGGGGCCAGCACCAGGUGCAGACCCGGGUGACCGCGCUGAUCGGGCCGUCGGGCGCCGGGAAGACCCGGACAGCCCUGGAGGCGCUCUGCCAUGAAUACGGUUUCUACUUGAGCUUCUCUACAGAGAAGGACCCCGGGAGCCUCCUUCUACAGAAGGCGAUCGAGCGUCUCAGUGAUGCGCAUGAGGACGAGUACAAGGCGGUCCAGCACGACGCGCGUCGCUUUCAAGCGUUCCGCGACGACCGGUUAAAGGACAUGCCCAAGUUCGUCGUUCGGAUCCUGCUGGCCCACGCACUGGGGUUGCGCCAGUACCUAAGGCAGCACGGCGAUCAAGCGAGCCCAAGGGGCUUUCUCCUCUUCCAGCUCAUCGGCAUUGGUCCGCAGGAGGAUUGGCUCGUGAAAACGUGGGAAGUGUUGCUGGCCUUGUCGAAGGCAGAAGCGGUGCAAAAACUUCGGGAGACGAUGGCGGAGAUCCGGGAGUUGGUUCCACACCAGAAGAUCUUCAACGUCUUCCCUGAUGAGGCGCAAGUGGGAACGGAGUUGAUGGAAGGAUGGUUCCCAAACCGCCUGAGGAACGAGGGGCGCCCACUGCUCAACGCUUUUGUCCGGAGCCUGCACUGGGACUAUUUCGAGUUCUUCCACUUCAAUCUGACCGGCACCGGGCUCAGUCUCAGGCAUGCGCAUCAGCUUCAUUCCGCGAUCGCCGAGUUUGGGGCAUCCGAGCUGCGCGUGUUCAGCGACUUUGCCCGCUUCUCCAAGGACGAGGCCCUGCAGUACGCUCAAGAGUACCUCGUGAGGCCCCCUGACGGCGUCAAGGCGCACCUCCUCAUCGGGCGGCCGCGGUUUGCGGCGCAUCUGGUGCAAGCCGUGGUUGAGCUCGGGAAAGACUGGGGGGAAGCCCUUGAGUACCUUGCGCGUCGCCAGACCGAGACAGAGGAGGCCACGUCCCUGCUAGGUUGUCUGAAAGAGAAGACGCGAAGCCUCCGGCAGGACAUCCGGCACCGAGUGCUGCGGCACCUCAAGGUCCUCCUGCAGUCGUACUACCUGGUCGGUAGAGGGGUUUCUACACCCAUCGCGGACGUUGACAUGAUCCAAGUUGGGAUUUGUCACCUGAUUGAGGUAGGGCCGAAGGGGAGCUGCCCCAAGGUGGAGCUCAUGGAGCCGCUUGCCGUGAAAGCGGUCGAAAACCUCUUCCUCAGUGAGUUUGACCUCAGCCUUGACGAGAUCAUGAUCGACAACCUCCGGUUAGCACGGAAUGAUGCGGUUCUGGGGUCCCUUUUCGAAACCUUGAUCCCGCGUGCCCAGACGCGCUUCCUCAACUCCCCGUGCCUAGAAACCCACCCCCUCCUCAAGCCCCUCUCAAACCUCCCGGAUUGCUUCAAGAGCGGCGCGCACAUCGAGUGCGUUGAAGGCCCCGAGCAAGGUGUUCCCUUGAGUGAGGUCAUCCCGCGCGUUGAGGCCUUCACGCGCGAUCGCGGGUUGCUCGAGUUUCUGGAGGAGCCCAGGGGCAACCCGUUCUUCUUCCCAGAAGAUGCAGCUGGUCCCGACAACGCGGCAAUCGUGCGGAUCGGGGGCGUCCGGUGGUUAAGCCUUGUCCAAGCGAAAUGUCGAAAGAAAGUCGACAAGUUGACCCACGCACUUGGAACGCUCAGUCUCAACACCAUGUACAAGGGGGAUCGGGGCGCAGAAGGGAAACGGAAGCAGCUGAAGGCCUCCCUCAGGAAGCUGGGCGUGGAGGGCGUACUACAGGUCCUCUUGGCGUAUCCUGCAGAGGUGAAGGAGAGGAGCCUCACCAAUGCAACGCGGAAGCUCUCGGAGGACAUGGACUUCGCUUGGGUGCAAGUCUGUAUUCACGCGCCCAACAUAGGCAAGUACUUGCUGGCCGAGGAGGUAGAUUACCUCGGAUCCAUCAAGGAUGUUUGAAGCCGAAGCCUGAUAAGAAGGGAGAAUGAUCAGGGCAGGAGAUGAUGCGCUGCUCAGCAGAUCAACUUAACAGGGUAUAAGACUGAACUGAAGACUGAACCAAAGUAUAUGAGGGAUUGUUUGCAGCAUUGGCGGUAUUCAAGUGUAGUAGCUGCUCAUUUGAAGAUGAUUAUUUCAUGCCCGAGGAGCACUCGCUUGUUGCUUUACCCAAACACUCAAUUGCAGAAGUCACGACCACAGACCCACUCAGCUGCUUGGAAGAUUUGAGACUUGCUGCACACCUUUGCAAAGUGUGUAAGGAAUACAUGCGAU